AUGGUAGUAACUAAGAAACAGGAGACAUCAUGGAAGACUAUUCUUGAAGACUUACGACCUUCCAUUAGUAGUUUGCCAAGAAAUUUGAAAAUGAUGAUCCAGUCUUUAAGAAGGACUCGGGAAUUCACCGGUCCAACUCCUCAUUCGGUGGCAAUCGUUGCCAAGCCAAAGAACAAGAUACCAGCUGAGCAUUUGAUUUUGGAAAGGAGAAAAAAUGAAGAGCUUAGAGAGAAAACAAUAGCAGAAACAAUAUAUCAACAGCAAUGUGACUUGAAAUCUGCAUGGGAAAAAGCUACAGAUAAAAAGAUUCAAAAAAAUGUUAUUACACGCAGAGUUGAAGCCCUACUACAGCAUGAAAGAAUUAGCUUGGAAGAAAGACGAGACAAACUGCGUGAGCUGCUAAUUGCAGAGGAGGAACUCUAUUUGGCAGAAAUGGAAGCCAAGGAAGAAUCUAUUGAAGAUAGACAAGAGAAAAUGAGGCAAAGAGCAAAUGAAUUACGAGCAAAAAGAGAAGCAGAAAGAAGAGCAUUUGUUGCCGAAAAGCUAGAAGAAAAAUUCAGGGAAGAAUGUGAAGAACUUCGCUCUACUCAAAGCCAAAGACAACGGGAUGAGCUUUUUGCUGAAAGAGAAGCCCAACUUUCUGAAAAAGUUCAGAAAAAGGAGCAAGAGGAAGAAAUAGAACAAAUGUAUGCUGAGUUAUGGGACAAAGAUAGACAGGCAAAAGCUCACAGAGAAGAGCUUCAAGCAAAAGAACAAAUGGAACGUAACAGAGACAUGGUUAAGAUUCUAAACCUUCAAAAAGCUGCCAUUGAAAGAAAACAGGAAGAGGAAAGACAGUUGAAACAAUCUGAAGCUGAGUGGCUGAAACAGGAGGCUGCUAUCCGGACUGAAGAAGAACAGUUUUUAGCUGAAGAGAGGCUGCGUAAACAGAUGGCUGCCAAACGUGCAAGGGAUAUCUCAAUUAAGUUGAAAGACAAGAAGGAGGCUAGAGAAAGGCAAGAAGACCUCGCGAUGGACAUGAAAAUACUUCAAAAAGUCAUAGAAGAUUCGAAAAAUGAAGAAAUUGAGGACAAGAACAGGAAGAAAAUACUUCGAGAAGAAAAUCAGCGUUUCAUGCAUUACAUGGAAAUGACGAGAAAAGAAGAGAAAGAUCGAGAGGGGAGGUUCGACAUGCUUGUCAAUGAAGAAGUGGAAAAACAGUAUGCAAAACGUGAUAUGAAAAAAGAAAGGGAAAAGGAAGCGAGACACGCCCUAUUACAGAAUGUUUUGACGACUAGAAAAGAACAGAUGAGGCACAGAGAUGAAACUCGCAGAAAAGAGCAGGAUGGCGCCUUGAAAGAACGACAUGAGUUGCUGCAGCAGAUUGAGCAGUACAAGAGGGUGGAAGCUGAACAACUGGAUCGACUUAGACAGAAAAAUAAACAUUAUCAGGAGGACCUGGUCGAGCAGAUCAAAUUCCAACGCAGGAAGAAAGAGCAAGAAAUCGAUGAGGCUAGAAAAGAAAUACAGUCUUUGCAGGAAGCAGAAAGAGAAUACCAGAGAAAAUUAAGAAGCGCCCUUGAACGUCCAGAGAAAACGCGAAGGCAGCACCCUUUUAGAAUCCAAGGAAUUGGUUUGAAUGGACGCGCAAAAAGUUCAUAAUCGAUGAAUACUAAAAAGUAUAAUUUGCAUAAGGCCCUGUAUAUAUCCUACAUUUUGUCUACCAGAUAUGUUAUGUAUUUUUAAGUUGACAUCUUUCUUCUAUUUAAUUUCAUUAAGCAUGCGUGCUAGUUAUUUCUUCAA